AUGGCAGAUGACUGCUCAGCUCGCUUUUCGAAGUGGACUGUUGCGCUUGAUCACAUGCGCGCUUGCGAGUCCUACCAAAGAUUGGUACGAGACUGUGGCGCCCCGAAGAAGCCCAAAGUCGCCGCAUCAAGAGAGAAGGCGCAAAGAGUCGAGGCGAAGCCUGGUCUGGACUUUACGCAGGAUCCCGUCCACGGCGUCCUAAAGGUCAAGGCCCCUCGGGAUGAGCUGGAGAUUGCUGUCGUUUUCAGACAGUGCUGGGAGGAGUUUCCUGAGAAGAGCGACUAUCGCGGCUUUUGGAAGCACGCGCUGGAGCAUUUCAAGGAGCUUUAUGGCGUCUCCUUCCAGUGCUUUGGCUACGGCAAGUUGCCGCGCUUCCUGAAGAAGCAUGGUAUUGCGCAGGAAGUCUUCCAACACCGCUGCCCGCACCGGAAGUGGGAGACUCAGGACGAGAGUCCGGAGUUCGAGGAGGAGGAACUCCGGCCGGAAGCCUCGCUAGAAACCGAGGACCCGAAGUCCUUUCCGCCAUGUCCUCCAAGGAGCUCCGAGGCUCCGCCCCCGCAGCUGGCGCCCGCCAUCGAGCAGUCCGAGGCUUCUGGGCCGCCGGGGCCCAUGUUGCCAAGGAAAGCUCCUGGCCAUGGUUCUCAUCCUUACGCCAGACCGAAGCCUUCAGUGGCUCCAUCUAAGCACUUACCAGCCGAACAGUGCUCUGGCGCGCCGGGCGCAAACUGA